CCUCCGCUGUGGCGGAAGUAAGUCGACUCACCAAGGCCUCAUCCUUCCAAUGGCGACUGCAAACAGGCUGAAUAGAAAGCGGGAGCAACCGUGGAGGGGGUCAGAGCUGUGUAGCCGAAAUUAAACAAAUAUACCACAUUAUCUGUAGUCGUGGACUUAGCUAAUAAAACUGUAGUCUCUCCUCUCCAAAAACACGGCCGAUUCAAUGGCCAAAAAUCGGAACACUUCGCUCCUUGAGUCGGAGCUCUAUUACUUGAUUUCUCGUUUUCUUACAACGGGUCCAUGUCGGAGAGCGGCUGAGGUUCUGGCAAAUGAACUGGAAGACUAUCAGCUCUUGCCCGGGAGACUGGACUGGCUCGGAAACGAGCACCCGAGAACAUAUGAAGAUGUGGUUGCAGCCAACAGACACGUUGCGCCAGAUCAUUUGCUACAGAUAUGUAAGCAGAUUGGACCACUUCUUGACAAAGAUGUGCCAUCGUGUGUCCCAGGGGUACACUCUCUCCUGGGGUCUGGAAAGCAGUCAGUGCUUCGAACCCCAAAAGACUGUGAACGUGUGCAAUUUAAAGCUUCAUCAUAUGCAGCCCUUCACCGGGGCAGACCACCAGAGAGGCCUUUGAACUGCAAGAAUCCUCCUCACCUAGUGAAGGUGCAUCAAGGGAGAGAGCUGACAGGAGUGCAGCACUUCAGCUCCAUCAAUCCUGUCAGCAACUAUGAGCGCAUGCGUCUGCAUAGGCGGAUCCUGGGUCAUCUGUCUGCAGUGUACUGUAUUGCAUUCGAUCGCACGGGUCUCAGGAUCUUCACAGGCUCAGACGACUGUUUGGUGAAGAUUUGGUCUUCGUUUGAUGGAAGGCUUCAUUCAACAUUGCGAGGACACUCUGCAGAAAUCACAGAUUUGGCAGUUAAUUAUGAAAACACGCUAAUUGCUGCAGGAAGCUGUGACAAAACCAUCCGUGUAUGGUGCCUUCGUACCUGCGCCCCUGUGGCUGUGCUGCAGGGACACAGUGGAUCCAUUACCUCCCUUCAGUUCUCGCCGUUUGCCAAGGGCUCAAAGCGCUACAUGCUUUCUACUGGAACUGAUGCUACUGUCUGCUUCUGGCAAUGGGAUGUCAACAACAUAAACUUCAGUGAUCGGCCACACAAAUUUACAGAGCGGCCGAGGCCAGGAGUUCAGACUGUUUGCUCCUCAUUCAGUCCAGGUGGGAUCUUCUUAGCGACAGGAAGUACUGAUGAUGUCAUCAGAAUAUAUUACCUAGGAAGUGGGAGUCCAGAGAAGACAUCGGAGCUCCAUGAGCACACAGACAAAGUUGACAGCAUUCAGUUUUGCCACUCGGGUGAAAGGUUUGUGAGUGGAAGUCGCGAUGGGACAGCACGGAUAUGGAAGCUGCAUCAGCGGCAGCAGUGGAGGUGCAUCUUGCUCAACAUGUCUGCCACUCUUCCAGGUGCUGAAUCAACGAGUGAAGAGGAGAGCUACUUCAAACCCAAAGUCACAAUGGUAGCGUGGGAUCGCCAUGACAAUACAGUCAUCACGGCUGUUAACAACCAUCUCCUCAAAGUGUGGAACUCCUACACAGGACAGCUGCUACAUAUCCUUAAAGGCCACGAGGCUGAGGUGUUUGUACUGGAACCACACCCCUUUGACCCCAGGAUUAUCCUAUCUGCUGGUCAUGAUGGGAAUGUCUUCAUAUGGGAUCUGCUGAGAGGGACUAACACACAGCAUUACUUCAACAUGAUUGAGGGCCAAGGUCAUGGAGCUGUGUUCGACUGCAAAUUCACUCCAGACGGCCAGCGUUUUGCCUGCACAGAUUCUCACGGCCAUCUGCUCAUCUUUGGCUUUGGCAGUUCUAAGCCAUAUGAGAAGCUUCCAGACCAGGUGUUCUUCCACACCGACUACAGACCGUUGAUCCGGGAUGCCAAUGGCUUUGUGUUGGAUGAACAGACUCAGCAGGCGCCUCAUCUCAUGCCCCCACCCUUCCUGGUGGAUGUGGAUGGAAAUCCCCAUCCUCCGAGGUAUCAGCGUCUUGUUCCAGGGCGGGAGAACAUUGCUGCUGAACACCUGGUUCCACAGCUGGGAUACGUAGCCACCAGUGAUGGUGAGGUGGUGGAGCAGGUGAUCAGCCAGCAGACUGCGGAACACGAAGAGGUGGCGGUGAGACGCAUCGGUCUUCUGGAUGAGGCCAUUCGACAGCUGCAGGAGCAACAGGACCGUCGGAUCCCGUCUGUGCCAGAGGAACCGCAAGGUGCUGGAGCCGAACCCGAGGGACAAGCUGAGGCUCAGGCCCAAGCUUUUGCAGUAGCACCAAGCACACCACGCAGAGUGUCUGUGAAUGAUCGAGCAGAUGUGCAGUCACCUCCGAAUGUAGGUCUGCGCCGCAGUGGACAGGUGGAAGGUGUCCGUCAGAUGCACCAGAAUGCUCCUCUUAGCCAAAUGGCCACUGAGAGAGACCUGCAGGCCUGGAGACGGAGGGUGGUGGUGCCUGAACUGCCAUCCAGCAGCUACAGAGACCAGGUGGAAAUUCGAACAGCCAAGGGAGAUGAGGAGGUGGCUUUGUACAAUACGAAGAAGAGGCGCAUUGUCUACCAUCGAGACGACUCGGAUGAUGAACCCUCCACUACAAAGCGAGCACAUGGCCGUGGUGACAUGUCAGAAUUUUUUGACAUGUCAUGUGAAGAGGGAGAGGAAACGGCAAGCUCAGACAUACACACUGAGGACAACGAACUAGAUGGGAGUGAUCUGGAGUCGUCUAAUGAUGAAGAGGAGUGGAACAGUGACAGCUCAAGCCACACAUCCAGCGAGUACUCGGACUGGACAGCAGACGCUGGUAUCAACCUGCAGCCCUCAACCCCUUUGUCAUCAAGGAAAAGAGCAAGGUGCAGGCUCAGCACCUCUGAGGAGGAGGAAGAGGAGAACGAGGAAGAGGAGGAGAAGCAGCAGAGUGACGAGGAGGAGAAACCUGCGAAGAAAAUCAAGGAGAAGUCCAAAAAGGAAAAGAACAAGCCACCACGGCGUCCGAAGGCCAGACCAUCAAUCAACAGAGAGGUGUCCAAUGAAUUCAGACCCUCACCAUGGAUCACUGAUGUCAUUCCCAGGAAAUCUCCUUUUGUGCCCCAAAUGGGGGAUGAGGUUAUCUACUUUCGGCAGGGACACGAGGCCUAUGUUGAGGCAGUGAAUCGAAAUGAACUGUACCCCAUCAACUUAGACAAACAGCCCUGGAAGAAAAUGGAGCUGCGGGACCAAGAGUUUGUGAAGAUCACUGGGAUCAGAUAUGAAGUCUGCCCUCCAACACUUUGCUGUCUGAAGCUCACGCUCAUUGACCACGGCACUGGCAAAAUCACAGACAAGUCAUUUUCUGUCAAAUAUCACGACAUGCCAGAUGUUAUAGAUUUCCUGGUGUUGAGGCAAAGUUAUGAUGAGGCUCUCCGUAGAAACUGGCAACCAAAUGAUAGGUUUCGUUCAGCUAUAGACGAUGCCUGGUGGUUUGGGACCAUCGUCUGCCAGGAGCCGUACCAGUCUGAGUAUCCCGACAGUCUCUUCCAGUGUUUCAAAGUCAGAUGGGACAAUGGGGAAAUAGAGAAAUUGAGUCCUUGGGACAUGGAACCUAUUCCAGAUGAUGCCGAGCAGCCAGAGACAGAAGGUGGCGGAAUCCCUGUGACAGCAGAUGAGUUGAGAGAGCUGAUGUACAAGCCUCAGCCAGGGGAGUGGGGAGAGAGGAGCAGGGACGAGGAGUGUGAACGGAUCAUUGCGGCCAUCGACCAGCUCAUCAAUAUCGAGAUUGCAGCUCCCUUCUCCGGUCCCGUGGACCUGAUUCAGUAUCCCACCUACUGCACUGUGAUCGCUUAUCCUACUGAUUUGGGAACAAUCAAACUGCGACUCUUGCACAGAUUCUACAGACGCCUUUCAGCAUUAAUUUGGGAUGCCAGAUAUAUUGCACAUAAUGCCCGCACUUUCAAUGAGCCAAGGAGUAAGAUUGCCCACUCUGCAAAAAUCAUCACAAAUGUCCUUCAGAAAUUUGUCAAUAAUCCAAGCUGCAUCGAUAUCAUGGAGAUUUACAAUGCUGUUGAAGAGAUGGAUGAUGAUGAAGAGGACGAUGAUACAGAAGCACCAGGAACCUCAGCUGGGCACAGGUUACGUCAGCGCUCUGUGGAGGUGCUGCCUGAUAGAGAUGCCUGGAAGGAAAAAUGCAAGAGUCUGCUCAACUAUAUAUUUCAGUGUGAGGACUCGGAGCCAUUCAGACAGCCUGUGAAUCCUCAGAACUAUCCAGACUACCAUGACAUUAUUGAUACACCAAUGGAUUUUGGCUCCGUGAAAAGGACACUGGAGGAAGACCACUAUGAAAAUCCGAUAGAGCUUUGCAAAGAUUCUCGACUAAUAUUUGCCAAUGCUAAAGCUUACACUCCCAAUAAACGCUCAAAGAUUUACAGUAUGACCUUGCGGCUCUCUGCCUUCUUUGAGGAGCAAAUCAGAACGAUCAUAUCUGAGUAUAAAACUGCUAUCAAGAGUAAUGACAGGCUCCGCCGCAGUCAGAGGUUCCGCAAGAAGAUGCAACAAGAUCAUCCCAGCGCCACAAGUCAAAAGAAGGCUGCAGUCAAAUCUCAGGAAAAAGUCGAAAUAUCGUCACUGACCAAAUCUACCUCAGCCAAAGUGUCUGCUCCUGAGAGAGCCAGGAGGAGUCGAAGCAGCAGCUCAGGUCACAGCUCCUCAGAGGAUGACUCCAAAGCUGCUUCAUCAACACCAGAGUCAGAUAGUGAGAGUGAGGCAAGUGAGUCGGAGGAGGAAAAACAUUCUGGUUCCUCGAGACAACAUCACCGUAGACAGAAGGCAAGAGUUACAAGAAGCAAUUGUGCCAAGCAGAAGAGAAAAGUUGCAGAGAGUGAGAGCGAAGAGGAGGAAGAUGAUGAGGAGAUGGAGGAGGAAUUUGAUAGUGAAGGUGAACAAGGUGAGGAUGGAGAAGUGUCCUCCCAGUCUUCAAGUCAUAGCCAUAGCUACCCCAGCAGGAGUAAAAAGAGCAGGAGUACACGGCUGACCAGAAACAGCGCUGCCACAGACAAGAAACGGACAGAGGGCAAAGCAGAGACCAAUGGUCACAGCAGAAGGUCAUUGCGCAGGGAGAGACGUCACCCACAGGACUCUGACAGAGCCACAUCCCAAGGCUCAGACCGGGAGGAAGAGAAAGUCAGAGUCCGCAGGUCACUCAAGAGAAAGACGGCAAGGGCAGCUGUGAGUAAGAUCAAACUCCUUGAAGCAUCAGAGGAAGAUGAUGAUGAUGAUGAUGAUAAUGAUGAUGAUGAAGAGGAGGAGGAGAAGCCAAGAAGGAGCAGCAGCCGCCACGCAGCCCGGGCCAGCAAACGCACUGCAGUGAUCCAGAGUAGUUCAGAUUCAGAUGGAGAUCUGUCAACACAGGCCUCUCAGAAUACAAAAGAAUCAGAUUGUGAGUCAAAGGAUGAGGAAGAUGGAAGUGACAGUGAUGCGCCAUCCUCCUCUCAGAAUCGUCAGAACGGCAGUACGAGGUCCAGCAAACAGAGGACACCAAGACAAGCUGCUAAAACAAAGAGAAAUGAUACUUUGUCCCACAUGAAUGGACACAGUGCAAAACAUCACAAAUCUGACAUCAACUCUGAGCAGGAGGAAACUGCAGAGGAGAGUUCUGGUGAAGCUGAGGAGAAAGAGGAUGAAGAGGAACAGGCAGUAGUUUCUCAGAGACGUUCUAGAAGCACAGCAACCACUCUAGCCAAGAAAAAGAGGAUUACAAGUGAUGAGGAGGUAGAGGACACUGAACCCAGGACCACACAACACAAACCUCCAGCAAGUUCAGAUGAAGAGGACAAAAACACCAAUUUCCAGAAACCUUCUUACCAAAAUGGAAGAAAUGUGGAGGAAGCAAUCCAGAAGGAGUCUAAGAAAAAGAGCAAAGAUACACCAUCAAAAAGCAAAGAUACACCAUCAAAAAGCAAAGAUACACCAUCAAAAAGCAAAGAUAAACAAAAAUCUGCCUCAACUAAUAAACUAAAUGGUGCAGAAUCAGAUGAACUAAAUUCUCCGAAGAGACCCAGCCGACACAAGAAGAAACUGAAAAAAGAGGGAGAAUACGAAGAAGAAAGCAACCACUCCAGUGAAGAAUUUGAGGUUGAAUCAAACACCAAGAGGUCAACACGAAACAAGAGCAAAUGUAAACGGCCUCAAGGUGACACCUCCGUUUCAGAGAGCUCAGAGCAGGAUUAUAAACCCAAGAGGAAGGCGAGAAGGAAAUGUUCCACUGGUUCAUCUGAAGAUAAGUCGGAUGAUUCAGAUAACACAUCAAAUAGACGCCGGAAUCUCAGAGCCCUCCCAAAAAAGAAAUACAUCAGUGAUAACUCUCUCUCUGAAGAAGAUUCUGUAUCUGUGAGCCUGAGUGAACAGAGGAACGGUAACAAAACGGCCAGAUCUUCAAGGGAAGACGGCCACAGAGCCUCUCCCACUGAAACCAGUAAUCAGCUGUCUUCCAAGAGAAAACGCAUUUACACCUCAGACUCCGAAGGUGGGCAGGAGCAAAAAAAGAAGGAGCCAGUCUCCAUGAACAACAAAAAUAGCAGCCCAGCCUCCUCAAAGCGCCCCAAAAGGGAAUCCAAACAAGGGAAUAGUAAAAGCAAGGGGGACACCUCUUCCCAGUCUGAUUCUGGCGAGGAGGAGGAAGAUGUCAGUCGUUCAAGAAGGAAGAACGUGAAGCAGCCAAAACACAAACGAAAAGAAAGCUACAGCAGCAGCAACCAUACUUCUGAGUCGGAAAGCGAUCGGUCAUCUUCGGCCUCUGAAAACUCUUUUGCCAGCUCAGGGUCCCACAGCAGUCCAAAGAGGAGAAGUCAUAGACAGUCUGGGAUCAGUGAAAGGACGGCCAGUCGCCAGCUAAGGCAGCGUCGGCAGCAGGCUGCCUCAGAAGAGGAGGAGGGUGACAGUGACGUAUCUUAUGGCAAACCACAGCGAAAGACGCGUGUCAACACCCGUAACAGGGGUAAACGUACAGUAAAUUAUCAGUACAGCGAAUGAAGGACAUGCCGGCUGGAACUACAUGCUUUUGAGGAAGAGAGAUGGAGAAGGACAUUAACUGGAGACCUUAAAGACACUUGAUGGCCAUGUUAUGGUAGUAGCACUGGAGUCCUUGAGAGAAAAUGCUGUGAAUCUGUUUCAUUCAGGGAUAUUUAUAUUUUCUAUGAAAAAACGUGUUUAUAGAUGUAAUAGAAAUUCAAGCAUUUGAACUGCUGCUUUUCACAAGAAGACAGAGCAGAACACCACCUCCCAUACUGCUUGUUGUGAUUGGGCUAGCAGAGUAACCAUUCUGGGGAAGCUUGUCAGCUUGGGUGCUAUCUAAUAUACCUCUGUUUAAUCAAGCAUAUUUGCUGGCUUGCACUAAGAUACACUGUAAUGAGGUAUUUCUUUCAUACACUAGUUUUGCAUUAGAAACUCAGGGGUCAACUAAGUUUACUGUAGUCUCAGACACGCAGUUGUUUUUUUGAGCUGAGGUAAGGAAAAGAAACAAUUCCAGGUCAGCAGAUGUCCAAGCACACUCACUGGGACACAAAAACAAAUCCACGCUCAGACUUUUGACUACAGCACUCCUUUCUGAAUCCACACACUUAAUGCUUGACUGUAAUAUGUUUUGAUAUGAGCCAAAUGAAACAAUUAUGUUUAUUUCCCCCCAUACAUUUCUUUUUUGUUUUUUUGAUUGUUUUUUUUUUUAUCGGUUUCCGUUGUAUUCUAGUGAUUAGUUGUAAAUACUCGAUAAAGAAUGACUUUGAAAGGGUUGAUCAGUCGGUAGCGAAACAUUUAUUUAAUUUGAGCUUUUUUAUUUUACAUUUAACUGCAUUGUCUUGCCACAUGUCACAAAUUGGUACCUUUUUUGCCAAGUACAAGUAACCAAAAGUACUUGUUGCAAAAUAUUGUGAUUUCUCAUAUUGGGAAGACCAUUUAUUGUCCUGUGUUACCUAUUUUCAGUAUUAAAUUCUUUUUCAGAGUUGUCUUAAAACAUUUUGCCAGUCACAUGGUUUAAUUUUGUUUAUGGGGAGGUUUCUAAAUAGUUGCUUUAUGACAUUUUGCUUAAUGUUUUUCGUACUACACCUUUAAUAAACAGAUUUCACAGGAAAACUAUUAAUACAAUGUGGUUGUGGAGUGCAAUGAAAUGAGUUAUUCCUCCUAUUAAUAAAGACAUAAUUUCAAGGUG